AAGAGCGCAUGUGCGGUAACCACACCGCGACUGCGCCUUGGUCCAUCGGUCACGUUCUUAUCAAUUUGGGUGUACACCAAAGCUCCCAGUUUUAUCUUAAUUCAACAUUCGAUUAGUACAAGCAAUCUUUGAGCGUUUCAUAAAAUGACCGUGGAAUUAUCUUAAACGUACAAGUGUAGGGGGCCAAAUUAGAUUAUAGUGUUUCUGAUGUUCCACCGCAUUGGAAGUUUUGUGUUGUUAAUAUUCCUCAUAUCCCUUGACUCCAGGGACUGUACGGCGAGUGCACAAUAUGAUACUGUUAACAAAAUAUCACUCAACAGUGUUCAAGCCUGGGCUGUCAAGCUUGGUACAGAGCUUUACCACUUCGGCGAGUUCAUCACUAGAAAGAAAGAAGUCCAGGAUAGUUUUAAAUCGGCCCAAAUUGAAUCAAGAGAUGGCGAGAAGUUAGUACAGAGUAUGGCGGACGAUAUCCGCGCCAUGAUGGAGUUAAAAAUCAGCGCAGUCAAAAGAAUCGUAGAGGCCGCUGAGAACAUGGCGUUCGAUAAACAAAAUGAAGUAGUCCCAGAGGACUUCCAAUUCUAUAACAGCAAAGAAAUGGAAGAACCAUACGACGAAUUGACGAUGAUAACUACAACUCCGGAACCCGAUUUUAAUCUAGAAAACUGGAUAGUACGUCCUCCAAGUAAAAGUGCCCAUAUGGCACAGAAUCCACAUUUUUCUAAUAUACCGGUGAAUAUUAACUUUACUAGUGUCCACGUACCUACUAAUGUUUAUGCCUGGGCGCCCGAAGUCAUCAAAGGUAUCCAUUGGUCGGAGGGAUUGGAUACGCAUUUCAUAAACAAUUAUCAAAGUGAUCCCACACUUUCUUGGCAAUAUUUCGGCAGUUCGUCCGGAUUUAUGAGGCAUUAUCCUGCAAUGAAAUGGAGGGCAGACCCUGUUGAUAUUUAUGAUUGUCGAACGAGAGCCUGGUAUAUGGAGGCAGCGGCCAGUCCUAAAGAUGUGGUCGUAUUAGUCGAUCGCAGCGGAUCUAUGACCGGACAGCGGCGGGACAUCGCCAAACAUGUGGUCACCAACAUUCUAGAUACAUUGGGCAACAAUGAUUUUGUUAAUGUCAUGACAUUCGCCGAUACAGUCGAGGAAAUUGUUGAAUGCUUUGAUGAUUCCUUAGUGCAGGCAACUCUAGGAAAUAUACGGGAGUUAAAGUUAGCAUUAGAUAAUUUCGAAACAACAGAAAUAGCAAAUUUUUCCGCGGCGUUAACGAGAGCUUUUACGCUUCUUGAAAUGUAUAGAAAUAAUAGCGGCGGUGCGAAUUGUAAUCAGGCAAUAAUGCUGGUUACUGACGGCGUACCGUACAAUUACAAGGAAAUCUUCGAGGAGUUCAACUGGAAGUACGACACGCCUGUGCGCGUGUUUACGUACCUGAUAGGGCGCGAGGUAAAGGUAGCAGAUGUGAGGGAAGUGAAGUGGAUGGCUUGCGCGAAUCGCGGGUUCUACGUGCAUCUCAGCACGUUGGCGGAGGUGAGAGAACGCGUGUUGGAGCAUGUCAACGUGUUAGCUCGGCCGCUGGUACUGCAGAGAGAGAAGCAUCCAGUCGUUUGGACACCUGUUUAUGCUAACAUUACUGAUCCGAAGGUUGCAGACUACUUAUGGGAACAACGGGAGAGAGCAGAGCAAAAGGAACGCUUCCUCAGUCAGAAAAGGGACAAGGUUCUCUUUAAUUCUGAGAAAGAACAGGAUCGAAGGUGGCGGAUCACACAGAUGAAGCAAGGUCAGUACAGCGAACUGGGUGACUCCCAGUACCAACUUAUGACUUCGGUUUCCAUGCCAGUCUACGAUCUGCGACAUAACGAGUCCGUAGAGGAGAACGGCCAGAAAGAGAUGCGAAUUGCAAAGCUUUUGGGCGUCGCAGGAACUGAUGUGCCACUUUCGGAAAUACAAGCGUUGAUGACUCCAUACAAGAUCGGCGUGAACGGGUACGCAUUUAUUGUGACCAACAACGGCUAUGUGCUCAUUCAUCCGGAUUUACGGCCCGUGUUUCAGCAAAUUUUAAAACCGAGCUACAACAGCGUGGACAUGUUAGAAAUUGAAUUAUUCGACGACGACCGAGGUCCGAGAAACUUUAGCAGAGAAUUGACCGCGUUGAGAAAAGAAAUAAUUGAUCAAAAGACAGGAAACAAAGCUAUGAAUGUUAAAUAUCAUUUGGAUGACAUGAAACGGGUAUCUCGCGCAAGAAGACACAUGUAUUGGACCGGUAUCAGCGACUCUCCCUUCACCCUGGUGGUGACAAUCCCCGAGGGCUACGGCCGCCAUCGCGUCACCCCGCCACCUACCGACGACAUACAUCGAUUAUCACUCACCUCUAAAAAUAUAUCCGCUAGACAAUAUCUCUCUGAUAAAUGGAGCGUGCAUCCUGACUGGUUGUAUUGUCGACACUACGAACGUAAUUUCGCAACACCGGAGGAAGAGUUGCUGUAUUUCUUGGAGCGGGUGGCAAAGCCGGGCUGGCGCUGGCCUGCGAAACCACGCCCGCCUGAACACCACAAGAAUAAACCUGGACAUGAAAAGCACACAAACGGGACUCCGGACGCCAAGGAAAGGAACAAAGCAUCUAACACAACUCCAAGGGUGGAGUAUUAUUGCGAUCACGGACUGAUGCAAGCCUUGGUGUACGACGCAAGAAACACAGCCUGGUUUAACAAGAGCAUUUCCGAUUCGGCGUCAGAUGAAAAAGCGGCGGAAUUCAUCCAACGUUUCGGCUACAUAGUGGCGUUCCUCGCGACUCAUAGCGGCCUAACGCGCUGGCAGACACACCCGCCCAGGGAACAGGAACCCGACAAGCCGGAAUUUGGUAAGCAGUUCCCUCGUGCGAUAGACGAAGUAUGGUACCGCCGAGCGGUUGAACAACACUACGCUGAACCAUUGAGCUACGUGUACAGCGUGCCGUUAAGCACGCCACGUGCCCCGCUCAACGUGAGCGCAGCACUUGUAACGGCCGCGCACGCUGUGCUUCACGGCGACGGACACCGCAAAGCACCCGCAGCCGUUGUCGGCUUUCAGUUCAAACAUGAAAGACUCAGCGAAUGGUUUGAGAAUAUCACCUCAUCGUGUGAACACAACAAGGAGUGCGUGACCUGCCUGUCCGACAACUGGGACUGCUACCUGGUUGACAGCAACGGUUGGAUCAUCGUCAGCGAGGAUCCCUCGCAGACCGGACAGUUCUUUGGAAAAUUCAGGCCAGACAUCAUGCUGCGUCUGGUGGAGGACGAGGUGUACCGCACGGUGCACAUCGUGGACUACCAGGCGGUUUGCUUCCGCGAGAAGAACAUCACCAAUCCAGCUUCGAUAUUAAUAACGCCCUUAGAAAACCUGCGCUUAAUAUUAGCAUGGUUUAUUACAACUACAAUCUGGACAUACAACUCGAUUACCUCAACUUUAGCUCAGGCUUCGAGCUACUCCUUUGAUGACGUCGCAUACCAGAACUACGAGAACGAUGAGGAUACCGAUGACCCGUACAUGUCGCGACAACCUUCGAGAAUUAUGGAGAGAGAUUUCGAAAAGUUGGUCCUCAUAAACCGGACAAGACCAACGCCUUGCGAUCGAGAAAUGUUCCUCUAUCAAUUGGAAUACAAAAACAUAGACGAGAAAUUAAACAGACCUGUCAAGGAUUGUGAGAGACCAUUCUACGCUCAGCUGGUGAAUUACACAAAUAUGUUAUUGAUAGUCGUUGACGCGAUGUGCCCGAAGGUUGAGGCCUCAAUUUUGCCGAUUGAUCCAUCAGAAGUGCAGUACAAUGAAUCUCUGCCGUGUUUAAAACAUAAGCAUCCGCUGUACAGACGACAGCCUACAUCGUGUAUAAGAAACCAUACUGAGGAGAGUAACAUAGACAUGUGCGGCCGCGGCAGCCAGCCUCAGAAGAACUUCUUCUGGAUACCAUUAAUCACUUUAAUAUUGUAUAGUUAUUAAACAUAAACAAGUAUUUGUACCAAAAAAUGAUAAUAAAAAAAUCAAUAUUUAC